CUUGUCGGUCUCGCUCGUACGGCAGGACAUUCCUAGUUGAGCACAAGAGUAUACAUCCACCUUCUCUGUAUGCAGUCAUCUAUUCAAAAAACGGUGUGUGAACAUUAUUUUUAACUAUACUUGCACAAAGAUCGUGUGUAUAUUGAAGGGUCAACUAGUUGUCAUCUCAUCUCUUUAUGAUAGUUAUCUCCGAGCCCAAAAGUUGUUGCUUCUUUGUAUAUUAUUAUUCUCCUUGGGUUUAUUUCUCGCUUGCAAUUUUAUUAAGGCAUGAAUAAAAGGUGAUUCAAUUAACAUCAACGGAUCACUGUAUCCGUGACGGCUCCGUUCGUUUUCACAACUUUUUUCUUUAUUGAGAUUCUUCAUCUGCCUAUAUAGUUUCUUAUUUUCAAGAUUUUGAAAAGGGUCUUGAUAUUUCGGGUUUUUAUUACCUGGGUCGGUCUUAGUUUGUCGCACCGAGCUUGAUUUAUUCAUUUCGUGUUGGUGUAUAUAUAUGUGCAUGGUAAUAAAAAAGGUGGCGAGUUCAGGACAGCAAUCCGGCGAUCAAGCGAGGUUUCCGGGGAGAGAGACGUCGAAUGAAGGCGGCGGAGGAGCCCCACCAUCGGCUACGGGGGCCAUGGACAUGUUUAGUCAGGCUAGGGAGAUGUCUGCGAUGGUGACUGCGUUGACACACGUUGUAUCAGGCCAGAGUAGUCGAAAUUUGAACGACUCGAAUUAUUAUACACUGCCUCAAGAUCAGUUUAGUGGAGGCAUGGUGCGGUUUGGUGGCGGUAGCGAUGGGUCGUGGAUGUACACGAGUAACUCGCCGUCGUCAUCCGCGUACUCAUCGUCCAGCUCGGGAUCACUGACAGGACAAAAAAGGGGACGUGAGGAAGAUACAGGUGUCAUGCAGUCUUUACAACAACAGCAACGUCAGCAAUUUCAUUUAGCUAAUUAUGGAGGAGGUUCUGGAGAUAGCAGAAGUACAGAGUCCUCUGUUCCUAAACUUCCUUUAUCAGUAUCAGAGGAGGAUACAAGCAUUGCCGCGACCUCGUCAGUACCCUCGGAACCACCUAAAGAAACCGGGGAAGCGAGAAAAUACAGGGGAGUGAGGCAGAGGCCAUGGGGAAAAUGGGCAGCAGAAAUCCGCGAUCCCCACAAAGCGGCUAGAGUUUGGCUAGGUACAUUUCAGACAGCAGAAGCAGCCGCUAGAGCAUACGAUGAAGCUGCACUGAGAUUUCGAGGCAGUCGCGCCAAGCUCAAUUUCCCCGAACAAGUUGGACUCGCGAGACCCCCUCAGCUUCCUCCCCUGGUUUCCGCUCCUCAGGCCACCAUUUUCUCGGCACCUCCUCCAGCUCAACUUGAUCAAACGCAACAAUUUCAGGGUCCGGAUAGUGCGGCUAGCGACUACUGGAGAUACUCGCAGUUGUUGCAAAACAGCGCUGAUUUUCACCUGCAACAUCAACACUACUCGUUAAACCAGAUGUUAUCAGCCUCAACAAUGGCUUCUGUACAAACGCAUUCGCUUGGUUCUUCUUCUUCUACACUAGCGCCUUCAUUGCCUUAUCAUCAGCAAGAUCAACAAAGUAUUUUCAUGUGGCCACCCGGCAAUCGAUAUCGAGAUGGUUCUUCUGAUUUUCAUCACCCACCAUGGACUGGUCCUGCCAACUUUCCCCCGUCCUCUAAUUAGGUUUGUCACUGUCACACAAAGAAAAAGUUCAGGAAAAAGAUAUAUUUACAUGUAAAUUAUUUAGAGCAAGGAUCCCAAAAAAAAACAAAUUUUUAGAGCACCGGUAUGGAUUUUUAUUGGUUCUUGAUGCUAUAAUUUAAUGUACAACGUAAUCUUCCGAGCAUUUACUCAUGUUAUAUAUUUUUUGUACGAUUUUUUAUGUA